UAUUGGAUGACGUUUUGGCUGGUACUUCCGUCCCAUGUCAAGACCGUUUUUAGGAAAAGUGUCGGUAUAUUAAUGUAAUUAUUGUUUUUGAGACUGUUUAAUUAAGUGGUGAAUUACACAAUGGAUACUUCAUUGAGUUUAUCAAGUACUAAGACAAUUACGUUUACCUUUUUUAUGAUCACCUGUAUGUUUUACAACCCUACGGAUAGCGGGGCGGUUCAACUCACUCAACAAAAUGUAGACAUGACUUUAGCUUCUAAUGAAUUAGUCUUUAUAAAUUUCUAUGCAGACUGGUGUAGGUUUAGUAACUUAUUAAUGCCCAUCUUUGAUGAGGCGGCAGAGGCAGUAGCCAAAGAAUUUCCAGAAUCGGGAAAAGUUGUUAUGGGAAAAGUAGAUUGCGACCAAGAGAGUUCGGUGGCAACAAGGUUUCACAUAACAAAGUAUCCGACGCUUAAAGUAAUUAGAAAUGGACAGCCCGCUAAAAGGGAAUACAGAGGGCAGAGGUCUGUCGAAGCUUUUACAAGUUUCAUUAAGAAGCAGCUAGAAGACCCUAUCAAAGAAUUCAAACUGUUGAAAGAACUUGGACAGUUAGAGUCAAAUAAAAGGAUAAUCAUAGGUUAUUUCGAUCGUAGAGAUCAACCAGAGUACAACAUCUUCCGCCGAGUAGCAACCAACUUAAAAGACGACUGUCAGUUCCACGUCGGUUUUGAACAGGCGUCCGAGAAGAUGCACCCCCCUGGCCAACCGAUUAUAGUCUUCAGGCCAGACAAGGACCGUUCCAAUGAUCUCGACGAGACAUAUCCGGGAAGUUUAACGAACUUCGACGAGUUACACAUUUGGGUGUCGGAGAAGUGUGUUCCUCUAGUAAGGGAAAUUACUUUCGAAAACGCAGAGGAACUAACCGAGGAAGGUCUACCGUUCUUGAUUCUUUUCCACACACCUGAAGAUAAGGACAGCAUCAAGAGGUUUAACGAGAUAGUACAAACUGAUUUAUUGUCGGAAAAGCAAACCAUCAACUUCCUUACGGCUGACGGCAAGAAAUUCGCGCACCCUUUACAUCACCUUGGCAAGAGUGAGAAAGACUUGCCUCUCAUCGCUAUCGAUAGCUUCAGGCACAUGUACCUCUUCCCUAAUUAUAAAGAUAUAGAAGUCCCCGGUAAACUUAAACAGUUCAUUCAAGAUCUUUAUUCUGGGAAAUUGCAUAGGGAGUUCCAUUACGGCCCAGAUACGGAUUCGGAUACGGAAAACAUUCCGACAACGCCACCGGAAAGUACUUUCAGGAAGUUGGCACCCUCUAAGAACAGGUACACGUUGCUAUCGAAAGACGAGUUGUAAGUUUUGAUUUUGUAAUAUUCUACAAUUGAAAUAGUUUUAAUUCAUUUGUAAUGCUAAGUAAUUAAAAUUUCUUACAGACGGUACUUUCGUAAAUGAUUUUUUUUUUAGUUUUGAAAUAAAUUGAAAUUUGUUA